AUGACUCCCGAUGAACUACGAGUGCUACCUGGUGGAGAGGAGCCGAUCCCAAGGAAUGGAAGUUGGGGGGGUUCGCGGACGGGUUUCUAUCCAGCAGAUUUUAUUCACCCAGCAGCUGGAAGCUACCCCUACCCUUGGGAGUAUGAGCCAGAGCACAAGGCGGAGUAUUUGUUUGCGUUGACCAUUGUAAUGGUGGUGCUUUCAACGCUGGUAGUUGCUGUGAGGAUUGGGUCUAGGGUUAUGCUGAGAACGUUGGGUGUGGAUGAUUGGCUGAUUAUUGGUGCGACGUUGAAUACCAUAGCAGUCGGCGCUACAAUAAUCAUUGGUGUUGUUAGUGGUGGUGCAGGCGUACAUUGGUGGGAUCUAGAAUACCCCGAGUUCAAAAAAGGACGAGGAAUUAUUAUGAGUUUCCAUGGCGCUAUCUAUGCUACAGCUGUCCUCUUCAUUAAGCUGUCGAUACUAUGUUUUCUGAGGAGACUGUUCACAAAUACCUCAGGAUGGAUGACGAAGCUGAUAAUGCUCUACAUUGUCGUUAAUAUCAUCUUUUUUGUGACGAGCUUUUUUUGCCUAUUCUUUUUGAAUGCUUCGUUCGGACUUCUUUAUCCUCUGGGUGGUGUGCACCUGAGCUUGGAGAUUGCAAUAUUGAUACUCCCCAUGAGAAUGGUUUGGCGACUGCAACUUCCGUGCACCCAGAAAAUCAUUUCGACUCUGAUCCUAGGACUUGGUGGAGUUGUGUGCAUAAUAUCUGUACUCCGCCUCUACUAUUUCUACACGUAUAUUACCUCCUUCGAUGCCACCUACAACGCUACUUAUAUAUACUUGUACAAUCUCCUCGAAUGCACGCUAGGUAUUUUUACCUCAUCAGCGCCGUCAAUGAAGGCAGCUUAUACACACUUCACGAAGCCUCGGGUAGAAAGGGGCUCUAAUGAAGGCAUUCUAGACGGGGAUGGGUCGAGAAAUGCAUCUCAAGAAGGUUUGGAUAAGGGUGUUGGCUGCGUUAGGAUGGCACAGCGGCAGGAUUAUGACGAAGAGGCCGCGUUGAGGCCGUUCCAAGCAAGACUUGAGAUAGUGCGUUCGAGAGACGAGAUAUUUUUCCCCGAGUCUGAGAUUCGGACUAGUGUAUUAUUGCCAGAUUUUCCACAUUGA